AUGAACUCGGCUGUUGAUAACCGACGACCCAACAAAAUCGUCAGGUUCGUUGAAGAGAUUCGAAGGAACCUAAUCCUGUGAAUUUUGAAGAUUCAAGCCUGUGGAGGCGCAGGCGGCGGGACAGGCGGCCGUGGCCGAAGACCCUCUGCCGGAGUACAUGAAUGUGCUGGGAAUGAUCUUCAGCAUGUGCGGCCUGAUGAUGAGGGUUGGAAAGGGGAAUAGUUCUCCGAAUGGAAGGAGGAUGUUCAGAUGAAGUGGUGUUCGUGGGUGGCGUUGGUCUGCUCGUGCGUUUCUUUCGCUAACACGAGAAGUACGGAUGACGCGAAGCAAAUCGUCAGCAGCUUCAUGUUUGUCCCUUUUUUUUCGAAGGGAAAGUUCACUAAAAGUGAUGAACUGCUGAAAAAAAGCGAGAGCUCACUUAAGAGCGCCAAAGUGGCCCCUAGAGGAGUCAGGAAAAAAGAGCUCCUAUCGGGAACAAAAUAGAGUUCCCUUGAGGUUUAAAUUUAGCUUGUCACUAUAAGGGUUUUUUUUUGAUUUUCUGUUCAGAUUUGAAAAUUAAAAAGACGUAUUCAAUCAGACUUGAUCUAUUAAUUCUCGGUUAUUAUGUUUUCAUUCUAAAAUCGAUAGCUUAUUAGUUUUUGUAAUUGAUUUCUCACAGAGUUCAUAACAAUAAACGACUAGAAUACUGCCCUAGAGUGGCUUUUUUAAAGCCUUAGUGCCUCUUAUAGUGGGAGGUAAAGUGCUCCCUGGAAGGAAUUCUCGAAGUGGCCUUAAGUUUACCCCUCUAGGGACCACUCUGGCAUUUCUUAAUAUACCCAUUCAAAUUGGUUUUUACGGUUACUCGAAAAAAAAAUCUGCCGAAGAAAAGAGAUUGAUCAUGAUUAAUAAUUUUCGAAUAUUUAGAAAAUAGGAUAACUGUUGCAGGCUGUCGAUUUCGGCCGUCGUCAUGAGUUACCUGCAGAAUCCGGCUCCCAUAAUACCUCCAUGGGUUUCUUUGAUGGCUUAGUUUGAAUUAUUUUUAGUUUUUUUGUGUUUCAAUUUUUUUAAUUACAUUCUUGUGAUAUUAAUAAACUAUUUUUUGCUCAACUUUUCAUAAUCAGAUAAGGUUCUUCUAGAAAAUAAUCUUUGAAAACUGUGAAAAAAAUGAAAUUUGUUUUUAAUUUCGAACUUAUCGGAGUGUCUGAUAGACAAUAUUGGCACUAGCUGUCGUAAAAAAACUUUCUAACUUUGAUAAACUUGUUUUUCAAAUUUAUAAUCCAGUUUCGAAGUGCAUUGAAAUAAGCGUUAAAAAAUUGGUGAAAGUAACUAGUCUUUGGGAAUGAUUUCUAGUUCUGAUCUUCUGAAUUACAAUCUACAUUUCAAGAGACGGUUUCUUGUUUUCGAAGAUGUCACACAUGAAUAUACGUUUACAACUGUAUUUGAAAAAGAAAACGCUACGCGUGAUAUUUUCUCGCGCGCCGACCUAAAAUCAGAAGACGGCCUUGGGCGUUGGACGCCACGUCGGAACGGGCAGGUCGUGCUUGGCCGACGCCACAAGCCGGCUGUCCAGGAUACGCGCCGAUGCUAUCGGCACGGCCGCCUUCGUUUCUCCAGUCUGUUCCUUCCGUCUCUUUCUUCCCAACUUUUCACGACCGUUUUUUGGAACCUUAUCACUGCCGUUCAACGUUUCUUUCUGUGUCUUCUCGACCAUCGCGGCCAAUCUUCUGAACUACACAGAUGGACUCGAUCGUUGUGACUGGAGGCGGCGGCCUCGUUGGUGGCUACGUCGUCCGUCGGCUGCUCCAGAAUCAGGACGUCAAAGAAAUUCGCGUUAUCGAGAAAGAAUCGUCCAAGAAACUUGGUGAGGUUUCAUAAAAAUCGGGUUAGAAUUUUAUUUAUGAUUUAUGAAAAACUGAACUUGCCUAGAGAAAAUUUCUGAAUUCACAAAAUUAUUCACACUCUCAUCUCAAAUUGUCUUCUUCCAUUUGAGAUUUGACUUCAAGUUCUAAUUCGUUCCGGUAUCUCAAUUCGGGCGGAAGUUCAAAGAAAAACUUGAUUACUCUAUUGAGUUGGAUAUUUAUUGAAUAUACUCUAAAAUUUGUUUAUACCUUGUCAAGAAAGUAUAAUUCAAAGUAAUUUACCGUUAAAGAAAACUUUUUCUAAAUGGAUUUGAAGAUGAAAAUAUCUAGUGAGCUUGAUUUAUGGUCUUAUUUUUUUUCAUGAAAAAAAAACUCACUAGUCAGCCAAAAUUAACCGAUCAUUUAUUUAUCAGUCAACUGUGAAACCGGUUCAAAAUGUGACGUAAAAACAGAGUUUUGGUUCCCCAUGGGUCAUAGGAACAAAACAAUUACCCUGUUUUCUAAACAGAGUAGAAGAGAAAGGUUUUUUCAAGGACUUUUACAUUAGAGAAACCCAAUUUCGCGAUGGAAGACAAAAAUAACCGAAAAGGAAGUUCCAUCGGAAGAAAGUAAACCGUUUUCAAUGAUUAUUCCAUUAAUUUUGGGGGUUUUCAUGGUUUCAGGAGAAAUUUUGCUCGCAACAGGGAUCUAUAUGGACAUUUUUCCAGAUAUCGAAGAUGACCGAUUGAAAAUCUUCUAUGCGGACGUCAAUGAUCGCGAGAAGCUUCGGAAUGUGUUGGAAGGUUGUGACGCAGUAGUUCACUGUGCACAUGCGCCGCUUCCGUUCCACUAUCCGACCGAAGAAAACCGCAGAAUCAUGUGGAAAGACAACCUCGACGGUUGGUUUUUUCUUGAGAACGAAGAAAUUAGAGAAAAACUCAAAUAACAAGCAAUGAGUAAGUUUUAGAGAGGGAAAUUUGAGGGUCAUUUUUUCCUUUUUCCCUCGCAAAAAAUGAAAUUUACAAAUGGCAAGUCUGGAAAAGUUAAUUCUCACAGAAUCAAAAACUUUUUCGGAUGUAACCAUGUAGACUAUUCGGAAGAGAGAUGUGCGAUACAUUUCCUCGAUCAAUUCAUUUUCAGCUGUGGAGAGUCUAGUUGACAUGAUGAUUGAAACUGGUGUGAAGUCCCUCGUCCACGUCGGCGACGCCUAUUCGGCUCUUCCAAUAGAAGACAAUUAUGGUCUCGGCAUAGAAAUAUUCCAGUCAGUUUAUUUAUAUGUUUUUUUCAAAUAAAAAAAUACUUUGUAGAACUUAUCAUAGAAACUUGGAAAAAAAUAAGUUUCGACAGAAUAAAGUUUUGAUGACAGACGAAUUUAGUGAUUUGCCUCGAAAUUACAUGUUGGAUGAAUAUGGCGAAUCGAGGAGUCGCGGAGAAAUGUAUGCAAGGAACGCCGCAGAACGAAGUUCAUUACUUUUUAAUUGACUAUUUAAAUAUUUAAACUUUUAGGGAAAAAUAAAUGGCCUUUUUUUCUUCGCCCUACAUUGGUCUAUGGCGACAAAACAUCAAAUCUCACUGAAGGAUUACGCAAAUUUGCAUCUAGUUCUCAAUUACCAUAUAUAGAAGGAGGCCGACGUGGACUACACCAGUUUGUGCGUUUCUUUUACUGGUCAAAAAUAUAUCGAAAAUAUUUCCAGCUGUACGCAGGAAAUUUGGCUGCUAUUGUCGAAAAAUCCCUAAUCGGAUUGAAAGAAGACCCAGAGAAAUAUUCUACUGAAGUCGUCUACUGCUUGGAAGAAACUACGGUUAUCCCAACUCGUGAUGUCUGUCAAUAUCAGUUUCUUAUAUGAUAUCUUUUUUUAGUUUUUGUACAAAAGCUUACGAUGUGAAAAAUUUACUAAAGAAAACUCAGUUUCUUUUUUGAACGCGUUCUGCAGAAGUUACUUCACCUAUAUGAAGUACAAAUUAGGAGUCAAGGUGAUUUGUGAAAAAAAAAACUGACGUAUCUGAAAUCUUUCAGACGGACGAUAAAGCCUUGAAUCAUAUCUUGUUCAGACUGUUGUUCGAGAAAACAGUAGGAUUUUCUAAUAAGAAACUUCGACUUCUUCUUGAUUACAAGCCCGAGGUUUCAGACUCACUUGUAAUUUGCUUGAAAUAUUCAAGUUCAGAUAUCUCAAUCAGAAGGAUUUUCCAAGAUUUUGCAUCCAGUCUCUUCAAAAGAUGAUUCUAACCGAACGCGACGGGAUGCUGUUCACGGUUAAAUUUUAUAUCCUCACGCGAAAUUUCUUUAAAUUAUUUCUGUAUCUUAAUAAAUUAUUCCUUCUUUUCUCAGAUAAGUCGAAAACUCAGUGAAGUGAAAUACAAAAAAAAAGAAGCUCCACCUCUAAUAUUGCGAUAAGAGAACGAGCCAUCCCAGAAGAGUUUUCGAAUGACGACAUUGUAUACCUGAAAUUCAAAAUCUAACAGACUACAUUUUGCCACGCGCGUAAAAAUAGCGUUGAAAAAGGCAUUCGCUUUGAAAGCGGAAAUACUUUCCUCCUUUGAUACAUUUGAAAAAGGAAAAUGAACUAGGCGCUUAUUCGUUUGAAUCUUUUUGUACUAUCGUUUCGAAGGCUUUUUGCGCCAUCUGAGCGCUCACGCGAGAUUCUUAUUAUUUUUUGACUUUUCUAUUGAAAAACUGUUUUGAAAAAAAAUUUUUUAGUUUAUAUAAUACCACCUAGCGCUCCUGCUCAUUUUUUUGAACAAGUUCCGAGCAGUUCCGAACGAAAUUAUGAAAAAUAAAAAUGGAAAAAUUAAGAAAGGAAAGCCGUGAAAGGAAAGAAGUAUUUUUAAUUUUAGUUCGUUCUAAUUGUUAUAAACUAAAGCAGCGCAAUGAUAAGGACGAAUAAACACGAAAAGUAUUCAAUUUCUACGCUGUGUUUAAGUUUGCGAAAUUCAAAUAAGUCGUAAAAAAGUGAAUAAUAUAAUUUAAUUCUGGAGAGUCAGAGAUAAUUUUGAAUUUCGCAGGAAAUACUUUGAACACGGUGAUAACUUUUUAAUUUGUUAAACAGCUAAAAAAAAGGGCCAUUUUUUCUUGAGGCCCCUCUAAGGCCGGGCCGGGCCAGGCUUACGAAAUGGUCGGGGGGCCGGGAGGGUGACGGGCCGGCCCUCGCACAAGCCUGCCGUGAACACGCCAUAGGAAUUUGGCUGAAAAAGUGGUCACUGGAAGGCACAGUUUUGGGAGCGCAGUUUCCCAUUUUUCGAAAUCGAUUCCAUUUCAUUUAUUUUUUGUUAUUUUCUUUUCGGCAAUUGGACUGCAGUAGAGAAACGUGUGUUAUUAUAGACUGCUUAAAAAAGUUCUCUACGAUGUAUAAAAGUUCAAAAGUCCUGCAUGAUCGAAUAUAGUACUGAAAAUGUCUCGAUAAUUUUUUGAAUUUCUCAGUGCUGUCACUAAGAAUAACUGACGAGAUAAACGCGAGGUCGGUGGCGGUACAUUGACGAGCUCGCAAACAUCUCGCUUUUUUCUAGGCGCGAUCUCGCAUUUCUCUCUGCGCGACCUCGCAUUUUUCUUGGCGCCAUCUCGCAUUUAUCUCGCAUUUCGGAAAUUUUCAAAUUGCGAGAGAAAUGCGAGCUCGCGCCUAGAAAAAUGCGAGCUCGCGCCCAGAAAAAUGCGAGACCGGCGCGAGAAAAAAAGCGAGAUGUUUGCGAGCUCGUCAAUGUACCGCCAGUGUCUCGCGUUUAUCUCGGCAGUUAUUCUUAGUGGUUUCAAACUUUCCCGCGACGCUAUAUUUCAGCAGACUUCAGUCGAAUAAUCUAGAUUUGAAAAUUUGGUCUCAAGCCAGCACCUGGUCGAAGAAAAACAAAUGUAUAUUUUGCGUUUUAUAUCGUCCCCCUUUUUCGAAUUUCGAUAGUGAUAUUUUUUUGUCUUUUUUCGCCACUUUUUCGGAUUUACUGAGUUUCAGAAAAAUCGAAGUGGAAAUGAGUUUGAAAUGUGAAUCUUCGAGUUCGAUGGCUCAAAACGUGAAAACCGGAAAAGACGAAGAAAACAAGCAUGAUACAAAAGAAAAAGAGGAAGUGAAAGAAGAAAUAAAAGAGGAAACGAAGUGCGCUGUUUGCCUUGGAAUGUAAGUUUUUUUUUUCUUGUUUAACAGAAGCUCUAUUAUUACAGAAUAAACGACGAAACUCGUCUUGAUAGAUGCUCCCAUGUUUUCUGCUUCACUUGUAUCGCAGAAUGGUGCACCUGUGGAACAAUAGCUUGUUGUCCUCUCUGUAAAGUUCCGAUCGACACUCUAUCACAUAAUCUCAAGUCCCAGCCGCCGACCGUGUUAGUUAAUAAUUUUUGAAUUCCUAGCUCAGAUUCAAAAUCAAUGCGGUGAUAUGACACAAAACAAAAUUGUCCAGAUAGAUGUUUCUUUAGCGAUUGAUUCUUGUCAAUAAUUAUGAGGAUACUUACUUCACAGUUACUUAUGGGUCUCAUUGAUCUAACUUUGUAUCGAAAGAACCGUAGGAAAGAUGUAUAAACUGAAUCUGAAAAUCGGUAAUAACUUUUCCAAGGAGAAUAUAAGAAAAAAAAAGCGUUUUUUGAUGAAUCGGAUAACAUGCAGGGCUGUGGCUGGAGCAUAAAAUUUGCUCUGGCUAUGGAUUCAUGAGGCAAACGCUUGAAAUAUUACCAAUUUGCAGCUAAUUGGAAGUGAAUUUGUCAAAAGUGUUCAUUUCAUCAAAAACGCAUUUCAACAUACUUACCGUUGUUUACAGAGAAAAAACGUUCAAAAUUCGGCAGAAAUCAGAACUUUCUCGGCUACACGAGCGAUAUCCGAUGAGGGUAGAGGCUGGGUAUGUGAAUGCCGGUUUUUUUUGAGCCGUUUUCGAUUUCAGAAUUGUCACGACAAGUAUCCGCGAAGCUAAACGCCUCAGAGUCGAACUCAAUGACGAAUCUGAACGCAGGAAGUAGGUUAAUGGGGGAAUACAAGAAGUUCAGUUCAAACUACAGGGAGCCUUUUCCGAGAACGCGCUCUAGAGCAAACUUGCCGAAAAGGGCGAAUGUAUGGAGAUUCUCAUGUGUUUAUUUUCGAUUUGCCUGAUUGUAGGUACAAAGAACAAUCGCAGAAUUAACGGUUUGCAUACAAAGUCUCGAACUUUUGAGAAGCGAAAUGGAAGAAAAUUCCCGGAGGUUUCCGCCGCGUUUUUUUGUUUUCAUCUUUAUUUUAAGGGGCGAAAUCUUGUCGCGACCUUUGUUCCGCCGUCUCAUCUACGAACAUGAGCUCGUAUGGCGUCCUCUGACCAACGCCGCCGAACGGGGACAAAGACGGGUGCGUUUAUUCUGUGCAAAAAAAAUAUGGAGAUCUUCUCAAAAUUCAGCCUAUGAAACUUUCUUAAUGAAAAGACCCGGUGAUUUCGAUGAGAGCAUUCGGGAAGUAGGAAUGCUGUAAAUGUGGGGAAGAUCUUAUAUUCUCAAUCUGAGUCACUCUUCCGUUUUGAAAAUGAUAUUUCGAAAUGUUGUUUCGACCUGGAUCUUAUACCUUUGCACAUAUAUUUGCGGUGGUACCACAUAUCAAGAUUUUUUCUCGAAUUCUACAACAAGCUUGAAGAAAAGAUCAUCCUUGUUAAGACUUUCGACUUCCAUAUUGAUGAAAAAAAAAUUCAGGCUCUUCUUUUGUUUUUAGCUAUAAUAGUUAUCAGGCUUCAUUUAUUCUGGAACUCAGCUUGUUUCGGGUUGACAAUUUUUCUAUUAUUUCCCGUUUCGGUUUGUUCAGUUUGAGCGAUAUAUUUCCAGACGGAAGUUUUUUCGCCUGCGGCCGUCAUCGAGAACAACCAGCGUUACCAUGAGCUGCUGGUUCCCUGGAUCCUCAACGAGUUCAAGGCGAUUCCCUACAAGGUCUUAGAGGCCCAUUCCGAGUAGAAAAUAUCCACUUUUCAGUAUAAUCAGCCUUUUUCAUCCCUCACGGUUUUUACCAAGCUGCGAAAUCGUGAAAGAACGGCUGAAAGUGUUUUUUAUCAUACCGCGGAUCACCCCGUCAAUUCGCCAAAAUUCGAAGUUUGCAUUUCUUUUUAUCCAAAACUUUUUAUGUAGUUAUUUGAAAGGGAUGAUUAGGUAACAUCCAAAUUCUUGUUUUCAUCAUAACAAUAGUUUACCGUAGUUAAACGAGUAUGUUUAUAGAAUCUAUGUUUAGAGCUCUUUUUUUUCCUGGAACAUCAAUAUAACGGAUGUUCGAAAAAAAGUUUUGAAAAAAAGUAGAAAUUUUCAAUGUUUUUGAAUAAUUCUUUUUUUCAAAAAAAUUUGAAAAACUUUUUCGUUAUUUUAUGGAACGAAAGCCUUGACUUUGGCGAAAAAAAUAUUUACUUGGAAAUAAUUUUUUUAAGUCUAGUAAAAAAAUCCUAAGUACAGUUUAAGUUAUUAGAAAAAAUAGAUGAAUCUUAGUAUUUAUCAUUUAUUCAGGACGUUAUCAAGUCAAUGAGAAUAAUGCCCGAAGAGUACGUGACGAUUUUCACUCGCGAGUUGUUCGACUUCGCCUCAAGCGGCCUCUCUGUACGGGAACAUUAUUCAAGUUCGACAUAUGCGCCUCCUCGGGCGCCUGGGGAAAAUGCAACAGGUGCACAGAUCGAGCGGAUCGGGUGGGGAACGGUUCGGGUUGCAGUGGCUGACGUCGUGGUUCUGAACGACAGCGACCAGGAAGGCGACGACCUGCAAAUCGUCGGCGGGAACGCUCCUAACGGAAAUCGUUUCAACAACCAUUUCGACCCAUUCAACUUCUACCUCAACAUUCCUCCAAAUGAGGUUUUUUUUUCGCAGGGCAAGAGAAAACUAAGCUUGUUUAAUUUAUUGUAAAAGUUGAAUUUUUACGCUCUUCAGGUAGUUUUGAAGAAAAUGAGAGGCUUUGGUGUUCGAAUUUUAAAAAAAAGGAUAUAAUCAAAGGUUCAACCUUUUUUGAAGGAAUCUUCGGGAUCCGAUGGAGAGAUGUAUAAUCGCGAUAUUCUGAGAAUGCGAAGGAAUGUGAUAUUUCCGCCUAUUCAGCCCGUGAAUCAUAUGCCUCCAAACUUUACUAGUACGUUUUUUUUUCAACAUUAGCAUAUAAAUUCCGUUUCAUGAGGAAUCUUAGAAGCUUAAGAAAAAACUUGUAUUUUCUCUCUUAUUAUUGGAAAAAAAUAUCUGUAGUCAAACUUAAAAUUUCGAUCGAGAACUUUGAAGAAUUCGAUGUAUAUAGUAAUAAAUUGAUAACAUUCAAAAUAUCACUUUUCUUUUCAAUCGAAUCAAACAUUUCAUUUUACAUUGCAAAAAUAGUAUUGAAGGAAUUCAAUGAAUUUUGAAUGAGCAUUCAAGUUCUGAGGUUUUGUUACUUUCAUUAUUGCAACAAUAAAUGCAGCUUUUUUAAAGAUAUUUGGCGGACUUUGACGGAACAACAGCAUACAUUGGAACGUCCUGCGGAGAGGUCGAUCGCCGAUCCGACGAGAUCUUCAAGACAGCAUGUUCGUUUCGAAAAUCGUCCUUCUUUUUUUCGAAAACCCCUUUUUUAGGCGGGAUUUGUUUUUUCAUAGCAAGAAAUGCUCUUCAAACGAUUUAUCUAGUUGUUUUAGUCAUAUAAGUAAUCGACAAAGCGGCGAACAAGGACUUUUGAAGUUAUAACAAAAAACAGCCUUUGGCGAACCUAAACAUGUAGUUUAUCAAGUUUAAAGCAUGGUUUUACGGUCCUUGGCCUCUUUUUUUUCUUCGCUUAGUCCAUCCAGUUGUGCCUCGACGAGUUCAGAACGUAGCGGAUUUUGUGAUGCAGCCCGGAUACCGUGUUCUAGGCGGUAGCCUCUGAAUGAGAGCGACAUCUGAAAGUGAAAACUUUACAUAGGCAUUCCUGUGUUCUGAAAAGAAAUUUCUCUUAAAAAAAAAAUUUAUUUUGAUUGUUAUUGAUAAAAACUAUUUACAUAAAGAGAUCAACUUGUAAUUUGGUUUUAAAGGAAGAAUAAGGCGAGUCCUCCGUGAAGUUUUGAAAAAUACAUAUCAUUUUUUUAACGCUGAAGCAUGCAUCAAUAAGGAAGAUCAAUUAGAGAAAGUAUUUUGCUAACACAUGGAGGUUUUUGGUCUGGAAGUUUACUGACUAAAGUCCCAUCGAUCAUAUUUUAUUUUCGAAAUAAUCAAAAAACUUUUUGACUAUUUUUCAUUUUUUCUUUUUUUUCGACGGAACAAGACAUCGUGGUUCUUUCGGAUGGCGAAGAAGGUGGUCCUGACAGAGACGAAAGGUCGAGAAACGCUCAGAAUCGGACUAUAGUUUUGAACGACACGUUAGACGAGUGGAUUUGUAUUUUGUUUUGAUUUCUAGUUGUUUUUCUUCAGAUCCAGGCAAUACGACUCAACGGAUGUCCCUUCUACUUCAUUUCCUCCUUCUGGGUAAUUUUUUACUUUUUUUCCUUCUCUUACGUUAUAAUUGAAGACGCAACGCCGACUCCGUCAACCCGGAUUUUGUGACAAGAAGAACCGAAGCAGCUUUUGAGGAGUUCAGGAACAAUAAUAAUCGCCCAGAAGACUUUCAAAGGUUUUUCGAUUUAAAAUUAGAAAAAAAUUUCCGCGCGGCCGGGGCUUUUUUUUUUAGUAUUUCAUAAAAAAUAAUUUUACACAUAGGUUCCUCUCAUCCAUUUUGUAUUUUCUUGCCAAAGUAGUGUACUUAUAAAGUAUGAUACAUUUUUACUUCUAAAUUAGGAUUUCAUGACGACUGAUAGUGAGGAAAAUAAAUGGACCCUUAAAAUUGUUAUUUCAAACGAUCAGUGAAGGGAAACUUGGGAAGCUUUUAGUAUUGGGAAAAGUGAUCUAAAUUGUAUAGAAUCUUGGGAUUCCAGACUUGAGCGAUUCUUCAGUCGUCUUUCGAGACGCUGCCAAGAAAGAAAAGAUGAACUUCUUAAAAGAAGAGAUGUGCUGAAUUGGACCUCGGCCCGGCUGAGUUCCCGCAAAAGGUCCGUGAGCAGCGACGCCUUGCAUCAGCGUCCUCGGAGCAAAACCCAUCGUCUCGCGAAAAGCGACCACGAGAAAGACGCUUCCGACGAAUCUCAACCUUCGAACUCAUAA